AUGAGUGUGCGCGCGGCGCCGCUGCUCCCCGUGCUCUUGCUGCUGCUCCUAGGGCUGACGGCAGGCUGGGCGCGCGGCGCUCCGCUAGUGAGCGCGCAGCGGCGCUGGGAGACCCUCUACCAGCGCUCGGUGGCGCGAGUGCCCGGGGAGAAGCGCGAGGCGGCCCGGGACAGCGAGUACCUGACCGGAAUCAAGCGCCUGCGCCGCCUUUACUGCAACGUGGGCAUCGGCUUCCACCUGCAAGUGCUACCGGACGGCACCAUCACCGGCGUGCACAACGAGAACAGAUACAGUCUUCUGGAGAUAUCUCCGGUGGAGAGGGGAGUUGUGACACUGUUCGGUGUCCGGAGCGAGCUAUUCGUGGCCAUGAACAGCAAGGGGAAGCUCUAUGGAUCUGUGCAUUUCACCAAUGAAUGCAAGUUUAGAGAAAAACUCCUGGCAAACAACUACAAUGCAUACGAAUCCGCAGCCUACCCAGGCAUGUACAUUGGCCUGAGCAAGACCGGACGGACAAAAAAAGGAAACCGGGUGUCUACGGCUAUGACGGUGACGCAUUUCUUGCCAAGGAUCUGA